AAAUUGUAUGGCCAAUUUGAUGAAAAUUAAAUCAAUCACUAUCAAUGAUAUCAAAAAAAAAAAAAGAAAAAAAAUAAAUAACAAUAUUAUGGAAUUAUUAUUAUUAUUAUUUAUAAAUAAUAAAAUAAAUAAAAUAAAUAAAAAGCCAAUUUAAAAAAAGUAAAAAAAAGAGAAAGAAAAAAUAAUAAAUAUAAAUUAUCAAGUCCCCAAGUGAUGAGCGAAUCGCGGAAUCAUCUUCGUUCCGUCUCGGAUUUGUACGCAGCAGACGAAAUCGAAGUAUUAUUAUUGGAAGAAAUAAGAGAUCUUGAUCCACCACCAACAGCAUAUUCACGACCAGAAGAUAUACAAGACUUCGAAAUUGGUAGCAGAACAGGGGGAGCUAUAAGCUCCCAUUCAUCAGAGUUGGAUUCACCAGGUGUCCACUCAACAGUACAUUCAUGGGAUUCACAUGCAAAUUAUCAUGGUCAUUAUGGUCAUGAUAAUAGACAUGGUUCAUCACAUGGUAUGUCUUGGUCUAGAGCAACACAUUUUGUUCUUUAUUGUGAUAUACAAACACAUCUUAAAACAUCAACUGGUUUUGUUAGAUUACUUUUACUUAUAACAUCAAUAGCAUGUUUAGCAACACUUUGCAGUUCUGGUACAACAAAUGUCAGUUUAUUUAUGUUACCUCUUGUUGGAAGAUUAAGAUUUAUGAUAUUUGUUGCUGUAUUUUGUCUACUAAUAACAACUUUAUUAUUAUUUCUUGAUAUUUCACAUGUUGUCUAUAUGCUACCAUUAAAUUGGCCAAAAUUAAAUUUUUGGAUUUUUAGUGGAAUUGGUGUAUCAUAUAUUGCCAGUUGUAGUUUAUUAGGUUUAUCAAUAUGGGAAUAUAGUGGAAUUGGUUGGGUACCACGUAGAAUACGUUCACAAUUAACAGCAGCAGCUGGUCUUGCUUUAUCAUGUGCCUUGAUAUCAUUUUUAUUAUCAUGGCUACAUGGACGUGAUGAAAUAAUAUUUAAAUCACGUAAAUCAUUAAAUAAUUCAAAAAAUCAACUUUAUAAACCAGUUGGAAAUUCAUCAUCAUCUGGCUUAACAACUAAAGAUAAAAAUAAUAAAAAAUCAUCAUCAUCAACAUCAUCAUGGGUUGUUAAAAAUUCUAAAAAAAAACGUAAUCAACAUGAUGAUGAUGAUGACGAUGAUGAUAAUACAAAUAAAAAGCUAAAAGGUAAUGGUAAUAUUAAUAAAUAUAAACCAAUUAAUAAAAAAGAUCAUUGGGCAUCAGCAAGAGAACACUUUUUACCAAUUCAAGAUGAUGAUGAAACACAAAUAACAAUACAACGUGAUGAUAAUGUUGAUAUUGAACAUAAAAAAAGAAGAAAAAAACGUGAUGAUAUAACAAAUGUUACAAAUGGUAAUGGUAUUGCUGGAAGAAAAUUAGUUGAUGCUUCAACAAGAAAAGUACCACAAAAAUUAUCAUUAAAAACAAUUGAAAGACCACAAUCAAGAAAAACAAGUACAGUUGUUAAACAACAACAAGAAAAAACAUCAAGAACAAGUACAAAUAGUGAUUUACAAAAUUAUGUUGCUGAAACAGUUAGAGCCUGGGAAUUAGAAACUGGUAAUACUGAUCCAGCACGUGCUGAAAAUCUUAGAGCAUCAUUAUUAGAAGCAUCAAGAUGGUCUGGACUACGACAAAAACAACAACAUCAACAACAACAACAACAACAACAUCAACCUGAUGAUGUACAACCAUGUUCAAGUAAAACAGUCGAUCCAUAUACAUUUGCCUAGUUAUUAAAUUAAUAAAUAUAGUAAAAAUUAAAUAAAUAAAAUUAAAUAUAAACCAAUUGAUUGAUGAGACAAAUUUUGUAUAAAGUGUAUUAUCGCUAUGUAAAUUUUGCAGCUGAUUACAGACAGUGUCUCUUGAUUAAUUAAUUUAAUCAACAACAGUAUUUAACAAGUGUAACAAGUGAAUAUUAUUUAAUUUUGAGUGUGUUUGUUUGUUUGUUUGUUUGUUUGUUUGUUUGUUGUUGUUGUGUUGUAUGGUUUUAAAAAUAAGAAGAAAAAAAAACAGUAUUAUUUUUAGUCAGCAACAUAUCGUGCGAUUAUUAUCUGCCUCAAUCGAAUUUAAUUUUAUUAAUGAAUUAUUUAAAUGUGAGUUUGUAUUUUAUACGAUAAUUAAAUUUAAUAAUGCGUUUGAGUCUAUCAGCUUUAGAUAUGAUUAAUAAUUUAAUAUCGUGGUGUUCAUUUAAUACUGAUACUAGUCAUAUUUUUAAUUAAUUAAUUAACAAUAAUAAUUAUUCAUAGAAAUUAUUUAAUCAAUCAUUAAUUUACUCUUGAGCUUAAAAACAAAUGAUUUUUUUAAGAUAAUUUUUAUCAAUAAAUUUUUUGCACAUGUUCACAUAUACACAAUUGUUUUAUGUUUCAUUUGUUUUUUUAAAAAAAAUAAACUAAAAAAACAGUUGAAUUAUACUUACAAUAAUAUUGUAUAAAUAAAAAAAAAAAAAAAAAGAAAAAUCAAAGUGCGAAUUUGAAAGAGAUAAGGAAAAAUAAAAAAUAUAUUUUCAAAUUGAAAUUUAAAAUACGCCGAUAAUAAUUAAUAAUUUAAUUAAGAAAUAAAAAAAAUAUGAUCGUUAUAAAGUCAACAAUUGACUUGAAAAAAAAAAAUUAAAAAAUCACUUUUAAAUACAAUUAAUUUUAACGCACAAAAAAAAAAAAAAAAAAAAAAUUAUGUGCAUAAACAAAAUAGAAAGAAAAAAAAAAAAAUAGUAUUUUCAUCUUUUGUCUUCUGGUACCACGCCAAACAAUUAACCCAUUAAAAAUAUAUUUUAUUUAUAUUAAUUAAUUAAAAAAA